AUGACUGAAUUAAAGAAAAGAGAAAGAGGGUCCAACUUCUCAAAUAAGGAAACUGAGACAUUGGUUCUUAUUGUACAACAAUUUAAAAAUAUAAUAGAAUGCAAAAGAACAGACGCUACAACUUGGCGAGAAAAGGAUGCUGCAUGGGAAAAAGUAGCUGCAGAAUUCAACUCAAACUCUGGGGAAAUAUUUCGAACGAAAAAAACUCUGAAAGCAAAAUAUGAAGAUUUGAAAAAGAGUAUCAAGAAGAAAUUAGCCCAUAACAGAAUGGAGAAAUUUAAAACUGGCGGAGGUAAGCCAGAAAUUCGACCUUUGACUGGUAUUGAAGAAAAUAUUCUUUCAAUGUUGCCAUCGUCUGUAGAAGGUCUACCAUCUAUAUGGGAUAGUGAUCGAGAAACUUGUAAAGAAAAAGCAACACCAGAUAUAACACCAGAAAUGCAAUCCGUUGAAAACAACAUUAAUAUAGACAUUGAUAAUAUGUAUGUGGAUAUGAAUACUCCUAUUGAUAUCGAAAUAGAUAUGGACCUAAUGAACAAUGAAAACAAGGAAAAUGAAGAAACUAAAACUUCAGGUGAAAAAAACGUAAAUGAAAAAAAUAAUGAAUGUAAGAGGAAAAUAGAUACUAUUAAAGAAACUGGUAUUUCUAUAUUAAGAAGGACAUUAGCGCCAGAAUUACGCACUAAAAGAUUGAAGAAAACGCAUCAAGAACUCGAAAUAAAUACAGAAAGAUUGAAAACUGCUAAAGUUGAGAACGAGUUAAAAACAUUGCAAAAACAGAUAGAAGAAGCUAAGUUAGAAAAACUGCUUCAGACUGAUUCUGAUUGA